AUGGCGACCAUCUCAGCGCUGGCUGCUGCGGCUACGCAGACGUCCUCAUUAGACCCGUCCUCUGUGCGUCCCAAUUCCGACAGGUCCAGCUACUCAUCAUCGCCACGCCAAUAUCCCACCGAGCUUACAGAUCCCAUUCUGGAAGAGGGUGAUGAGACCGACAGCGAGGCCGCCAACGAACCCGUCACUCCCGUGAGUGGCCGCCAGUCUCAGGAUUUUCAAACGCUUGCCACUCACGAAAUCCAUCCGGACGUGGCCCAGGAACAGGCCGACCAAAGCGUCACCUCCUUUCCAGCCGUGCGGGCCGGCACCACGCCCGGCUCCAAGCCGCCCCUGGUGCUGAAUACUGACGGUGAUACCCCGCCGAGAGCACCCCCCAAGAGCUCUUCCUCGUCCGUUAUUUCCAACACCCAAACAACACCUCGUGCUGCUGAGCCAGCAACGCCGCCGCCGCCCACCGCCCCCGCCUCCUCGGCCGACCAGGAUCCCGCCGCACACCCUCACACCAGGCGGCCCACUUUCAGCAGCUCGUCUCUUCGUCGCAACAUGUCGAGCUUUCUCAAACGUGUCACCCAUCCGGACAAGUCUGACGCCGUCAGUGGUGUCGGAUACUCGGAGCACCCGGUUCACGAGAGCGGACGAAAGGUGCCAGCUCGAAGGUGGUCCAUGAACAGGAGUUCGGCUACUACCCGCUCCAACACUCCGCCCUCGCCGGGAUCGCCUGUAGAGAUGGCUAUCCGGAGCAAGGAGCAGGCGUCGACGCCAACCGUGCCCGGCUCCGACGAGUUUGUCAAAAAGAAGCCACGUGCUUCGACCAACUUUUUGCGCUCCCGCCCGCAUGUUCCGAACAAUGCUGAACUGCAACUCAGACGUCGCGCGAGCAGUUUUGAUUACACCAACCAGGAGAAGGUCCUCGUUGCCUCCACGCCACACGGCCCGGUCAACGUUGAGAAGAUCGAAAGGCAGAUCUGGGAAAUGCCCGCGGAAACCGGCACCGGCCUCAAGGCUCGCCGCAUGAGCGUGAGCUUGCCUGAUGAUUUCGUGGUCGACGUGGUCGAGCUGCAGUCGGAAUUUGAGUACGAGAACAAGCUGCUCGGCCGCCAUGCAAAGUCGGUCGGCAAGGGCGGUCACGGCAAGGUCAAGACGAUGGCCAGGAAAGGAUGCCCCGCCGAACUCGUUGCGGUCAAAGAAUUCCGCCGUAAAUCGCGCCUGGAGACGGUGGAGGAGUACGAGAAGAAGAUCAAAUCCGAGUACACCCUAUCCAAGAGUCUGAACCACCCCAACGUGGUCACGACAUUUCGACUCUGCAUCGACCACGGCCGUUGGAACCACGUCAUGGAGUUUUGCUCGGAAGGAGAUCUGUACGGGCUGGUGAAGGAGGGUUACCUCAAGGGCGACGACAAGGAGAAGGACCGUUUGUGUCUCUUCAAACAGCUCGUUCGGGGUGUGCACUAUCUCCACUCCAACGGCAUCGCGCACCGAGACAUCAAGCUCGAGAACCUCCUCAUCACCAGCGACAGCGCUCUCAAGAUUGCAGACUUCGGCGUUUCUGAGGUCUUUUGCGGCUCGCACCCCGGACUUAGAGAAUCUGGAGGCCAGUGCGGCAAGAACAUGGGCGAAAUACGUCGCUGCGCGCCCGGCAUCUGCGGCAGCAUGCCUUACUUGGCACCUGAGGUGCUGAAGAAGGAGGGUGAUUAUGACCCUCGUGCCGUGGACGUGUGGAGUUCGGCCGUGGUCAUGCUUCAUUUAGUUUUUGGUGGUGCCAUCUGGCAGAAGGCGCAGGAAGGCGAUAACUCCGCCGCUAACAAGAAUUUCAACGAGCUUGUCCGUGGGUGGGCGCAGUGGAACGCAUCACACAAGGACGCCGAAAACCCGGCCAUCACCGAGAUGGACUAUCCCAAAGUCAAGGCGUUCGACUUUGGCGUCAGACCCCCCGCCCUCCGAAGAGUUCUCCUCCAGAUGCUCAACCCAAACCCGGACCAGCGCACCUCGAUCCAUGACGUGGUCAACAACCGAUGGGUCAGGAACAUCGAAUGCUGCCAGAAGGCCGACAACGAAGAGGCCGACCCGGCUACCACCAUGAUUGACGCAUCCAAGAGCGGCUGUCUCAUUCGUAGCGGGGAGAAGCUUUUCUGCCACAACCACCUCCCCCCGAAGAAGCAGUUCACCUCUCAUUCUCUGGGAAAGAUGCCCGGUAGUGUUGGUUACUGA